AUGGAGCAAAAUGAGCAAGAGGCAGUGCAGAAGAGGACGUUCACUAAAUGGAUCAAUUCCCACUUGGCAAAGCGUGUCCCGUCCCUGGUGGUGACGGACCUGUUUGAGGACAUCAAGGAUGGGGUGAUGCUGCUGGCCCUGCUGGAGGUCCUGUCUGGACAGAAGCUGGCCAUUGUGAGCAGGGGAGGAAGCUGCGGAGGGAUCACACAGCACCUGGGUCUCAAACAAUCGGCACCGGCGUCCCCUCUCAACUUCCUGCGGGCAAAGAUCAAGCUAGUCAACAUCAACUCGACUGACAUCGUCGAUGGAAGACCAUCUAUCGUACUGGGGUUGAUUUGGACAAUAAUCCUCUAUUUCCAGAUAGAGGAGUUGACCAGUAACCUGCCAGCGCUCCAGGCCCUCUCUAGCAGCACCUCCUCAGUGGACAGCUCAGACACCACCAGCCCGCCUGUCAAGAGGAGGCCCCUCCCCCCGCUGCAUGGUGGGGCCAGGAAGGCCCUACUCAGAUGGGUCCAGCAGACUGCCACCAAGCAUCUGGGGAUCGACGUGAAAGACUUUGGGCCGAGCUGGCGUACAGGUGUGGCAUUCUUCGCAGUGAUCCUCUCUCUUCGACCCCACCUGGUCGACAUGGAGCGUGUGCGGAGGAGAGCCAAUCGAGAGAACCUGCAGGAAGCCUUCUCAUUGGCCGAGACUGAGCUGGGCAUUCCGCAGCUACUGGACCCAGAAGAUGUGGAUGUUGACAAACCGGAUGAGAAGUCCAUCAUGACGUACGUGGCCCAGUUUCUGAAGCACCACCCCAACCCUUGUCAACAGCAGAACAGUGACUCGGACUCCCAGCCAGAGGAAGAGAGAGAGCAGCGUAAGGGCCUGAGGGAGCUGAAGACCUGGCUGGAUCAGCUGGAGCUAGACACAGCACGUACUCAGGAGACCAAGGGCAACCUCAGCCAGCAAUAUCAGUCCUUUAAGAGUGUACGUGUCCAGUUGGAGAUGAAUAGGAAGCAGGUGGAGGCAGCGGUCCUGUCCACUCAGAAGGAUGGGAUGUUGACCGUGGACCAGGCUCUGGUUAAACAGGCCUGGGACAGAGUGUCCAACAGGCUCCUAGGGUGGCACCUGCAGCUGGACAGGGCUCUGCCCGCCCCCCUGGGUGUGGUGGGGGAGUGGCUGCACCAGGCUGAGGGGGCACUCCGACAGGAGAUCACUAUUCAACAGACAUCUGACGCGACAUCUAACACUGUCCACAUGACCCUGGAGCAACACAAGGACAUGCUCAAAGGUCUUGAAGGUCACCAGCAGGUCUUCCAGAGGAUCCAUAAAGACAGAACUGUCAACGGAGUCCCUGUCCCCCCAGAGCAGCUGCAGGACAUGGCAGAGAGAAUGAACUUUGUAUCGACUUCGUCAAACAUUCAUCUGGCCAAGAUGGAGUUCUGGGAGAAUAAACACCACAUGCAGGCGUUCCUGAUGCUGGCAGAGUCCAAGCUCAAAUCCUGGAUCAUCAAAUAUGGCCGACGAGAAUCAGUGGAGUUAAUGUUACAGAACUAUGUUUCAUUUGUUGAGGGACAGCAGUUCUUUGAGCAGUACGAGACAUUGUUCCAGACUCUGAAACAGUCUUCUGAGCUCUAUGUCAAGGCUGAUGGCACAGUGGAUGAAGGCGAGGCGGGGGUUAGGAGGUUCAUGCGGGAGGUGUUGACCCAGUGGAGGAGUCUGUCUGUGGAGGUGCGCAGUGUAAGGAGCAUGCUGGAUGAGGUGCUCUCUAACUGGGAGAGGUACAGCUGCACUGUGGCCUCUCUACAGGCCUGGCUUGAGGAUGCAGAGGGAGCACUCAGCCAGCCUGAAAACAUCAAACGGGAGUUCUUCUGCAACCUUUCUCAGUGGAUGGAUCAGCACUCUGUGAUGAACGACGCAGGGAACUUCUUGAUUGAGACAUGUGACGAGACUGUGUCACGUGACCUGAAACAGCAGCUUCUCCUGCUCAACGGGAGGUGGAGGGACCUGUUUGUCAAAGUCAAACAGUACGCCCGUGAAGACGAGCUGGACAAGUGGAGGAGGGACCACAUGAGGGCCAUCUCUGCCCUGAGGGAGCUGCUGGACGGUGCAGAGGUGAAGCUCAACGCCCCUGUACAGGUCUCCUUCCUCAACAUCAGGUCUUUCCUACAGGAUGUGGAGAACACCAAGAAAAAGGUUGUUGCCAUGGAGACUCAGUACAAGUUGGCUGCCCGCAGUGCCCAGCUCCUGUCCAAGGAUGCCCCGCAGGAGGAGGGCACCAAGGCCAUGGCUACCAUGACAACGGUCAAAGGUCAACUCAGUAAGGUGAGGGAGAGGUGCCCUUCUCUGGUGAGGGAGUGCCAUGGACUGCUCCCCCUGCUGGAGGAAAUGGAGAAGCACAUCACAGGCUUCUACCAGGCUCUGGAGAGGGCCAGCCGGAUCACUGCAGCAGGCAGAGACCCAAAGCCACAGGCCGAGGUCCAGGGACAACACAAACACAAGUGGCAGGACCUCCUGAGCCAGCAGCAGAGCUGUAAGAUGUGUUUAUCUGUGAUUGAGAGGAACCUCCACUCCCUGCAGAGGACGCUCUCCUCCAGCAAGGCCCUGAGGAACUUCGACCAGACCUUCCUGCAGAAGAGAGUGGCCGAGAUUCAGACCUCUGCACAGGGUCUGUUGAAGGAGGUGGGGGAGUGGAGGAGGCAGGAGGAGGCCAACAACACCAUGAGGAGGAGGUUUGAGGAGUCUCGUCAGGAGCUGGAGAGAGUGCUGAAGGUGGCAACCACCUGCCUGAGAGAGGGGGGACAAGCAGAGGAGCUGCUGAAAAAACAAAGCGAGUUCUUUGGGCAGCUAGACCAGCGGGUCCUGAGUGUGUUCUUAAAGGCCUGCGACGAUCUGACAGACAUCCUGCCUGAGGAGGAGCAGCAGGCGCUGCAGGACACUGUCAGGACGCUGCACAAACAGUGGAAGGACAUCCAGAUGGAGGCCCCGUUUCACCUGCAGCGUCUGAAGGUGGAGGCAGAGCGAGGCCGGGCAGGGGCCGUCCUACAGGAGUGCAGGGCGGAGCUGGCCAGAGAGAACCAAGCACUGACCACCACAGGCAGCGAGACAGUCAUCAGAGAACACAGGGCCUUCUUCAGGGAGAAAGCCCCUCUCAGUGUGUGUGAGAAGAGCAUAGGCAACAUGGAGGAACUCUGUCAGACACUCCUUGACAACGACCCGGCUAGACAAACCCUGGACUCCACCAGGAGGGCCCUGGCAGACGUCAAAGGUCAGAUAGAGGCCACCCACCUGAAGCUGCAGCAGCACUCCCAGUGGAGGGAGUGGAAUGACAGGUUCUCAGAGCUCUCUGAUUGGCUGUUGUCUCAGAGAAGCCAGGUGAAGCUCCUGAGGGAGAGAGCCAGAGAUUACUCCCACCAGGAACAGGUGGAUACUACUGUCCAGGAGCUCCAGAGGGCAGCAGAGGGGCAGGAGGAGAGUCUGUCCUGGCUGAAUAGUCGUCUGGCUGUACUGACAGAGGUCAGUCCUGAGGUGGAGGCUAUUAGACAGAGGGCUGCCCUGGCCAAACUCUCCUCUGACCUCACCGCCCUCCUCUCCUCUCUCGUGGAGUGGGGUCAGGAGGGGUCUGUGAGGGUCCACAGUGAGGAGCUGAGGGAGGAUGUGCGUUGUGCUCUGGAGGAGGUUCUCAGGGCUCGGAGGGAGGCUCAGGAGCAGACCAGCAGGAUCCUGGAGGCAGAGAACCCAGAGGAGGCCAGGCAGCUGCUCCUCAUACACCAGGCGACUCUGGGUGCGUGGCAGGAGUUUGACGCAGAGAGAGAGGCAGUGUGGCAGUUUGUCAGCAGUACCAGCCUUGUCUUACAGAGGGAACUCAUCUUCAGUAGCCUGGACAGCCUCAGGACUGAGCUGGGGUGUACCAAGCUCCGCUUUGGGACGACGAUAUUCCCCGCUGAGUCCAGGGGCUCCAUAAGAAGAAGUGGGGAGUUUGUGGUACAGACAGACUCCCUGUCGAGGAAAGCAGCAGAGAUCCAGUUGAGUCCUGAGAACCAGACCCUCCUACAGCAGCAAGCCCAGCAGGCCACACAACAAGUCACACAACUGGAGGCCAGCCUCAAGAAGAAUGUUGACCUGCUGGAGAUGGUGUGUGUUUGGUGGGAGCGUUUCAUCAGGGAGUCAGAGGCCUUCUCCUCCUGGAUCUCAGAGAGGGAGCGAGAGCUAGACACUGUGGACUCCAACUCCUCCUCAGACCCCCUUGAUAAACACAUCAGCACAGUGGAGGUGUGUGUGUGUGAAGAGCGGGCAGCCAUUUUGUCCCACCUGGAGGCGGAGUCAGAGGCUCUGUCAGGGUUUGUGACCCCUGGGGAGGCUGGGCGUAUCCGGGCGCGGCUGGCUCAGAUGGAGCGGUACUGGGAGGAGCUGAAGGAGAGCGUAGAGCAGCUGGGGGGACAGCUCAACCAGAGCGCCACCUGCAGGCAGAGGUUUAACGACAACCUGGAACAGAUGAAGACAACGAUGGUUGACCUCAAAGAGAAGCUGGACAUCACCGUCACCUGCUGUACAUCCUCCUCAGAGACCUACAGAGUUCUCCAGGACCAUAUAGACGUAGUCCAGGCCUUGGAGCAGCUGAAGCCCAGGCUGGUGGCUCUGUGCUUGGGUAAAAAGAGGCUGGGUAAAGGGGAUCUGCUGGAGGGAGAGGUGGCUAACCUCCAGAAGGACCAGGGAGAAUACAUAGAGCAGGCUGCAGAGAAACAGGCUACACUGGAGACACUGCUGGCACUAUGGCAAAAGUAUGAGAAGGAGAGUUCCAGUCUCAGGUCCUGGCUGCAGCAGCUGCAGACACACCUGUCUCAGGUGGAGCUCUUUGACGAGGCCCUGCUGACCCUCACCCAAUGGAGCGAGAACUUCCUGUCUGUACUCAGAACGACUUCCCAGGUCAACAUAGCUGACCUGCAGGCUGCUGUCACCCAGGUCAAGGAGCACGAGGAGUCCCUCCAGGAGCAGACAGCCCUGAGAGAGACUCUGCAGCAGAGAGAGUCCUCCCUCCUCUCCUUCUCCUUCACAGAGGCCCAGCAGCAGCUCCAGGGCCAGAGGGAGGACUGCCUGCAGCCCCUCAGCGAAGCCCAACACCUGCUCCUUCUCCGUGGGGAGAGCCUGGCUGAGCUGGGAGUCUUCCUCCAGAGCCAUGGAGCUGCAUCCGGAGCGGUCAGGGGCCUCCGGGAGGCUGUGGAGGGCAGGGGGAGCUGGGACCGUUCGAAGGCUGAGGAGCUGCACCACGGGCUGGGAGAGGUGGCCGGGGAUGUGGCCCGUCUGGAGGCCCAGGCAGUGGGGUUGGAUGGGAGGCUCAGCAAGGCCCACCUCCACCUGAGUGGGGCGGAGUGGAAAGGCUCCAGGGAGGGUGGUCUGGGUCAAGGUCCCGGCCAGGGGAGGACGUCGUGCAGGGGCCAGGCUGUGGCCCUCAUGGUGGCCCUGGAGGGGGUGCAGCGAGGCCUGGGGUGGAGGCAGAGCCAGGCGGAGGCCCUGGGGGCACUGUGGACCUCCUUCAGGGAGAGGAGGGAGGAGGUGAUGAGGAGUCUGAGGGAGCUGGAGGAGAGGGCCAGCCAGGAGGGGGCCAGAGAGAGCAGCGUACAAGCAUUUCAGAACAGUCUGCGAUUCUUUGUCCAGUUGGAGGAUGAGCUUCAGUCUCUGCAGCAUUCCCAGCAGUGGCUGAGGGAGAGGGGAAGCCAGCUGGCCCAGAGAGACAGUGAGCUGGCUGGGGAGGCACUCAGGGAGGUGGGCCUGGUGGAAACAGCCUGGGAGAACGUCAGGAAGAUCAUCACUGAUGGUCARGAGCAGUGUGGCCUCCUGGUGGAGCUGCUACGUCACUUCCAUUCCCUCAGGUCCACCCUCAGUUCCACUGUAGAGAAUGCCUUGACCGUCACUCACAACCAGCCUGACCACAACCACAACCCAGAGGAGGCCAAGAGAAUACUCUCACGGCACGAGGCAGUGAUAGCUGAGCUGAGAGGAAGACAGGAGGACAUGGACCUGUUCAUCAGUUCAGGAGAGUACCUGCAGAGAGAGCUGGCGAACGUGCCACACUGUGGCUCCAACAGCAUCCAGAGAGGCAUGGACACACUCAGGGACCAGUGGCUGCAGGUAUCAGAGAGGAUCCAGACCAACGCUGAGAGACUAGGCCAUUGUGUGUCCCUAUGGGAUGACCUUAAGACCAUGGAACGGGAUAUCGACCAAUGGGCGGCAGCCUCCAUYGCUGACCUCACUGAGGGUGUGGCCAAUCUUAGUGACAAGCAGGGAACAGAGACACACCUUGCCACUUUCCAGGCGGAGGUGGAGAGGAGAGAACAGAGGCUGGAUGCCCUGCAGGAGAGGGUGACCAAGCUCAAGGACCUGGCCAAGCUCCAGGAGACACCCAUCCAGCUGCAGGUGAUGGAGUGUGACCUGAGGAAGAAGAUCAGUCAUGCCCAGGAGGUGUUUGACCAGGCCAGACAUUCUCUGACCUACUUCAGCUUCCAGAAGCAGCGCCUGGAGGACCUCAUGUCCCAGAUGGCCGAGCGGCUGGAGACCGUGGAGAGCUCCCUGUCUGACCUGACGGAACCCUCCGGACCAGAGGAUAUGAUUCGAGUCAAGGAUCUCCAAAGUGCUCUCCAGCAGCAGAGGGGUGAUAUAGACAUGGCCAGGGAGACACUUGGUUCACUCUGUAGGUCCCACCCCUCCCAAGAGCUGACCCAUAUGUCCUCUGACCUCACCCUGCUGGCCAAGAGGACCGAGGCUGCAGCCCAGCUCAGCUCCAGGACCCGCGGGACUCUGCAGGACGCACUGCAGCUACGUUUCAACAAGGUCGUUCAAGAGUUUAACUCCUGGCUCUCUGAACGGAAGGCGGAGCUAAAAGAAUGUUCUGACCAAUCAGGAGAUGUCACCUCCCUGGGAACCAAGGUGGAGAGGCUAAAGGUGGCGCAGGAGCGUGUGGAGGAGGGCGAGCAGCACCUUGGCCAGGUGUGUGGCGAGGCAGAGAGGCUGCUGCUCCACCUGCCUAAGGUGGGGUCGGGACAGGUGCAGGAGCGCCUCUCCUCCUGCCAGAGGGACUGGGAGGGGUACAAGGAGGGGUGCAGACAGACCCAACAAGACCUGGAGGAGGGAAUCACCCUACUGACAGAGUUUGAGGGCCGUGUGGAGGGACUAAGGGACUGGCUGGAGCAGAUGGAGCGUAGCCUGAAGAGAGAACCUCCUCUGGGGGGAGAGGAGCAGCCAGGAGUCCCUGACAGCACUGACGAGCUGGAAAGAGUGGAGGAGAUCCACAGAAAGCUGCUGACAAAGAGGAGUUCUCUGGAUCGUCUCAGCCAGGAGGCCCAGUCUCUUCGUGAGGCAGGUCGAGGCUGUGGAGGGGAGGUGAAGGCCACAGCCCAGCUCCAGACCCACCACCAGACCUUGCUGCAGGGGACUAGGGAGCGCCUGAGAGGGUGCCUGGAGAGCCAGGCAUUCGGAGAGACCCUGCAUGGGGUGUGGCUUUGGCUGGAGGACAUCCAGGAGCGGCUGGGAAGUCUGGGGAGCACUAUGGGCAACAAAAAGGAGCUGGAAGAGAGGCUGGAGCAAGUGCAGGAGAGAGUGAGACUAUCAGAGGGCGUGGUCAGGGAACACCAGCAGUACCUGAAGACUGUGAGGGAGCUCACUGAUUGGCUGAUGUCAGCAGGAGAGGAACUACAGCGCUGUCGUCUGGAGUGGACGGUGGCCCAGUGGGGGUGUUACCUGGACAGUGAGGCCCAGCUGCAGUGCUGGUUGGAGGCAGUGGAGGGGGACAUAUGUGGCCCUCUCAUCCCCCAGCCUGGCCUCAGAGAGAAGGCUUCCCAGCUGGAGAGACUGCAGACCCUGCUGGCUGACCUCCAGGAACACCAGGGGUCCCUAUCCAGUCUGGAGGAGAGGGCGGCAGAGCUCUUCAAGAAGACCGGGGAUGCAGCYUUCAGCCAGGAGGCCCGCGCUGAGUUGCAGGGGCAGUUUGAUGACCUCAUAGCACUCGUAGAGGAGAGAGUGAGACUAUCAGAGGGCGUGGUCAGGGAAACACCAGCAUACCUGAAGACUGUGAGGGAGCUCACUGAUUGGCUGAUGUCAGCAGGAGAGGAACUACAGCGCUGGUCUGAUACAUUGGGAGACUCCAUCUCUUUACAGAGGAGGCUAUCAGAAGUGCGGGAGCGGGUGGAGUGUCGGUUGCUGGAGGGCCGUGAUCGUCUCAGUCGCGUGCGUCGGAGCAGUGGAGCCACAGCUGAACACACAGCGGCUGGAGGGUGUGAGGCCAUGGACCGCCAGCUAGGGGCGCUAGCCCAGGCUCUGGAGCAGUGGGAGGGGGCCGCCCUGAGAGCCCGCGACGGCCUGGAAAGGGCCCUCACCACGGCAACAGAGCAGGAGCAGGAGUACGAGCGUCUGACCGCCAGGAUGGAGGAGGAGCUUAGGGAGCUUGAUGGGCGGCUAAAGGGGUGGAGCCAGGAGCUGAGCAGAGCGGAGGGAAGGAGCAGUGGGGAGGAGGCAGUGGAGGGGUGGCAGCAGGCUAAGGAGAUACUGGAGGGCUUGCUGAGUGCUGAGCCCAUGGCGGACAGGCUGAAGGCUCAACUCAAUGACCUGGUCCGCUACUCCAGAGACCUGGGACCCCACUCAGACAGGGUCACUGCUCUCAUCAAACAACACAACAGUCUGAGUCUGCGUGCAUCCAGAGAGUGCCAGAAUAAGGAGCGUCUGCUGGAGCAGAGGUUCAGAGCAGCCCUCAGGGACUUCCAACAGUGGCUGGUCAACGCUAAGAUCAGCACGGCCAAGUGUUUCGACAUCCCCCAGAGUGUCACUGAGGCCUCCACUGGCCUACUGAGGAUACAGGAGUUCCUGAAUGACAGGGAGCAUGGCCAGGCCAGACUGAGUGCAGUGGGGACCAGUGGAGAGCUGCUCAUGGCUGUUGUGCCUAAAGACAGAGAAGAGGGGGUCAAGGCCAAGGUGGCUAACGCCAGAGACGACUGGAAGAGCCUCAUGACCAACCUUCAGAUGAGAGAGACUGCGCUAAAGAACCUGCAGUCUCAGAUGAGAGACUUUGAGGUCAGCACUGAGCCGCUCCAGGAUUGGCUGAACAGCACUGAGGUCAUAGUACAGGAGAGCAGCGCUCGACUACAUAACCUUCCGGCCAAGAGACAGGAGCUUAGCAAGUUACAGUGUGUGUUGGAGGAGCUGUCAUGUCGUGAGGCUGAGCUGGGCAAGCUGAGGGAGAGGGCCCACCGGCUCUGGGAGGGCCAGGCUGCAGGGAAGGGCUUCGUCCACCGUGUGUCCCAGCUGUCUGCACAGUACCUAGCCCUCAGCAACCUGACCAAGGACAAGGCCUCCAGGAUAGAGCGUAUCGUAGGGGAGCACCGUCUGUUCUCCCAGGGUCUGACGGAGCUCCAGAACUGGGUGUCUGAGGCUGAGAGGAUCCUGAACACCUGCCUCUCCCCCACCGCCGACAAGACUGUACUGGAGGACAGGAUGAUACAGCUGGAGGCCCUGUUGGCGGCCCGUCAGGAGAGGGAGAUCCAGCUGAAGAUGUUGCUGACACGUGGUGAGGCUGUCCAGAGGAACACCUCUGCUGAGGGGGUCCCCGUGGUACGAAAACAGAUCCAGGACCUUAAGGACUCCUGGGACUCUCUGCUGUCCGCCUCUAUCCAGUGUAAAAGUCAGCUGGAGGGGGCCCUGUCCCAGUGGACCAGCUACCAGGAGGACGUGGGCCAGUUUAUCAUGUGGAUGGAGCGCGUGGAGGCCACUCUGGGCUGCUCAGACAGACAGUACUCUGAGAUGAGAGACAAGACCGCCAACCUGGGCAAGACCAAGCUUCUAUAUGAGGAGGUCCUGAGCCAUAGCAGUCCAUUAGAGACCAUCGCUACCAAGGGCUCCAACAUGGCUGAACAAUACACUACCCAUCAGGAGGUACACAGCCUACAGGAGAGAUACACCGCCAUCACAGACAAGGCCAAGGCUGCAGUCUACAAGGCUAAGGAUCUGGUCCUGGCCCAUCAGGAGUACCAGAGGGGGCUGCACAUGUUUGAAGACUGGCUGGAGCAGGAGCAGGGAACCCUGGGCUCUCUGUCUCACCCAGAGGGGGAUGUGGACAUCCUGGAGAACACACUACAGCAGAUACAGCUCCUCCAGGAGCGCUGCUCCCAGGGCCAGUCCCUGCUCUCUUCCCUGCUGUUAAGCAGGGAUGGGGUGAUUCCGUGGGGCGCGCCCCAGAUUGAGGACCGAGCCCUAGACACGGCACAGCGUGAGUGGGGGGCCUACCAGGCCCGGCUGGGGGAGACCAGGGCCACGCUGGGCUCUACCCUGGGCAGGCUCAGGCAGAUGGGCCAGAGGUUCCAGAGCCUGGCCCUGUGGCUGGAGGACAUGGAAGGGAAGGCCAACAUCCGUGGACAUCGCAGRUCUGACAGAGCUUCCAAGGAUGCCCAGCUAAAGCAGCUCCAGCUGUGGCAGGAAGGUGUGCUAGCCCGGCAGAGCGAGGUGGAUGGGCUGUCUGCUCUGGCCCAGCAGGUCCUGGAGGAGACCCACAUCAGCAGCCGGGUCAGCACCAGAGCCACCCAGCUCACUGCCCGAUACCACGCCCUGAUUCUCAACAUACAGGAGACCAUCAAGCAGCUGAAGGAGGAGCUUAGGAGCAUCGAGGAGGCAGAGAAACUCUGUGUGUCCUUCUCUGAUUGGCUUAGAUCAGCCCAGAAUAACUUCAGAACCGUGACAGCCAGCACGGAGGCUCUGGACCGGGUUGCCAUGGAGAGGAAGAUGAAGAAAGUAGAGAMUCUCCAGGCUGAGCUUCAGCAGGGCCAUGGCCUGCUCAAGGCCCUCAGGGAGCGGGCAGAGCGGGCUGCAGGCUUCCUGGAGGAGGCUGGAGCUGAGGGGCUGGGAGGGGAGGUGGAGGCCAGGCUAGCCCAACUGGAGGAGCUAGCCGGUGGGCUGCGGCAGGAGCACUGCACCCUGGAGAGGGCUGUGUGUCUGGCCAAGGAGUUCCAGGACAGGUACAAGGCCCAGGCCCAGUGGGUGGUGGAGACCAGAGCCAUGCUCAGUGCCCCCCUGGAACCUAAAGCUGAACUGUACCAGAAGAGAGCACAGCUGGCCAAGUACAAGGCCUUGUUGCAGACGGUCCAGUCCCAUGACUCGGCAGUGAGGUUGGUGGUGGAGAAGGGAGAGUCUCUGCUGCUUUCAGUCCAGUACCCCUCCAUCAGAGACAACAUGAACAGACUACAGACGGACUACACUGAGCUCUGCAACGCUGCCACUGCCCAUGUGCAGCGCCUGGAGGGCCAGGUGAAGGAGCAGGAAGUGUACCACGUGGAGCUACAGGAAGUGGAGAGGUGGCUGCUGCAGAUGUCCAGCAGGAUGGUGACCCCUGACCCCGCAGCUGGCGGAGGCCUGGAGGCAGCCACUCAGCAGCUGGCCAGUCACAAGGCCAUCAUGGAGGAGAUAGCAGGCUUUGAGGACCGCCUGGCUGGGCUGAAGGAGAGGGGAGAUGACCUGGUGGAGGGCUGCAGUGAGCGUGUGCAGAGCAGGCUGAGACAGCAGGUCCAGGCUCAGCAGCAAGGCACCCGAGACAGCUACUCUGCCAUCUGCAGCACGGCACAGAGAGUGUACCAGAGUUUGGACCGUGAGUUGCAGAGGCAUGUCAGUCUGCAGGAUGCUCUGCAGCAGUGUCAGACCUGGCUGGUGUCAGUCUCAGAGGAACCAGAGCCAACUGCACAUCUCCCUCUCAGCCUGGAGGAGGCGCUACAGCAGGUGAAGCAUGAGCGGACUCUCCAGGAGCAGGCCAGUACCUACCUACAGCUGGUGUGUUCUACCUGUGACCUUUCAGAGCAGAGGGUGAGGGAGACCGCCCAAGACAUCCAGCAGGUCAAACUACAGAUCGAGGAGAGGAUGCUGGUGUGUGAGGAGGUGGCAGAAAGCUGGAGGGACGUUCAGGAGCAGCGGGCUGAUCUGGAAGCUCAACUCAGAGAGACAGAGCAGCAGCUGCAGAACCUCUCCAGGAGACCGGCUGAACUGGAGCCCAAGAUCACCCAGAACCAACUGGAUCAGGCACAGGAGUUCCUCCAGCAGCUCAGAGUGAGGCAGGUCGACGUCACCCAGCUGAGUGAGGCUGUGGCUGGGCUGACGGAGGGCCAGUCCUCUCCUGCCCUGGAGGAGAUGGGAGGUCUGAGGAGGGCCUGGGAGGAGUUGGGGCAGAGGGCUGAGGAGCUGGAGGGGCAGAGGGGUGAGGACAUGCAGAGGAGCGGGGAGUAUCAUGACUGUGUGGCUGCCGUGGAGGAACUUUUCCACCAGGUGUCCAGAGAGUGGGACUACCUGGCCAGGGCGGACACAGAGAGCACCAGUGAGCACCUGGAGGCUCUGAGAAAGCUGUGUUGUGACCUGGAGGACCAGAGAGGAACUCUAGAGGAGCUGAGGGACCAGAGACAGGCUGUCCUGCCACGCCUCAGCCUGCUGGACAAGGAGCUGGUCAAACAACAGGUGGGCCACUUGGAGAAGCGCUGGUCCCAGCUGGACAGCCUGAUCCAGGGGAAGAUCCAGGACUCUUCCCAGACUCUGGAGGACCUUGGUCGCGUGGAAGCCCAGCUGAGGGAGGCCCGGGAGUGGAUGGAGGAGCAGCGUCCUGCCCUAACAUCAGCCCUGAAGACCAGCCCUCCUCCAGACCUGGCCCAGAGCUUCCUGUUCGACCACCUGAGUGUGUGUGUGGAGCUGGAGGCCCGGGGGCAGCUGCUGGGCCAGGCAGUGAGCGAGGCCCAGCGCGUGGCCUCUAGGCUGGGGCUGAGCGAGAGGAGACGCCUGCAGGAGCUGGUACUCCAGGCCGAGGGAGAAGUAGAGGCACUGGGGGCCAGGGUGAGCCAGCGGAGGAAGUACCUCAGCAAGGCCUUCACGGAGCGGACCCAGUUCCUCCAGGCUGUGGGGAGGGCUCUGUCCUGGGUCCAGCAGCAGGAGAGGAAGGCUUUAAUGGACGACCACGUGGCUCUCCUCCCUGAUGACCUGACCAAGCAGGUGGUGACGUGCCGAGGGGUCCAGAGCGGUCUGCGGGCCUACCAGGGGGAGUUGGCCUCUCUGUGGGCCCAGGGUCGUGACCUGGAGAGGGACGCCACGGAUCAGGAGCGGGGGGAGACCGUGACCAGGUUGGAGGAGCUCCAGAGGGUCUUUGAGACGGCCUUCCAGAGAACCACCCAUCGCCUGCAGGACCUGGACAGAGCCCUGACCUCCAGGAAGUACUUCAAGGUCGACCUGGAUAGGACGUGUCACUGGCUGAGACGGGCAGAUGGCAUUACGUUCCCCGAGAUUGACUUCACCUGCAACGCUGAUGACGAUUUGGAACUACAGGGUCGACUGGCGAAGUUCCAGAACGUUCUAGAGCAGGCGUCGGAAUACGAGAAUCUCCUACUCAUCGUCCAGAGGGUGGGGCAGGAGAUUCUCCCCUCGCUAAACGAGGUAGACCACUGCUACCUGGACGAAAAGCUCAACGCCCUCCCUCAACAAUACAACAGCAUCCUAGCGUUAGCCAAAGAGAAGAGGGACAGGAUCCAGCAGGCUAUCCUAGAGAGAAAGGACUACGACUGCUUCUUCAACGUCACUUGUAGAGCAUUGGAGGAGCUUCAGGAGCAGUUAGACGGUUUAGCGAUACGGACAGUCAGUAUUCAAGAACAGGAAGUUGUUCAUCUCCGUGACGACCAUAGAGAUCUGUCUGAAAGCCUGGCUCAGCUCAGCCCUGCGGUGAGAGAGCUGAGGAGGAAGACUGAGGGGUUUCUCAGCAGGGGCCAACGAUGCCAUGCUGAGGAGACAGAACAGCUGGUUAACCUCCAUGACAAUCUGAAGAGGACCAUUAACCAGAGACUGAAACAUCUUGACGACUCAUUGAAAACAUUGGCAGAGUAUAAUGCAACAUCAGCAAAACUAGACUCUGAGUUGAAGUCAGUGAAAGAGCAGUUCACUAGAAUGAAGUCAGACUCAGACACCAAAUUAGGUGGCACAGAGAGACUGACAAAUCUUUACACACUGCUGGAAGAUCUGGAAAGGAUGGGCUCUCACCUGGAGAGACUCACCCAACAUACAGAAGACCUGGGAUUGAACUGUGAUCCUGCCGCCAUCCAGGCCUCCAGAGAGGUAGUGACCUCGCAUCACAAAGAGUUGCAGUCCGUAAGGUCGGAAGUAAAAGAUUGUGUUACAGAAUGUGAAAACUGUCUCAAGAAGGACAAAGAAUUUGAGAAAGAGAUUGGGCGGACAUCAGAUUGGCUGAAGAGUCUGAGGAAGAAGCUUGGGGAACCACUGACCCUUCYAGAGGUGAAAGUUGAGAUGGUAGAGGAGGAGGUCAGGAGACUGAAGGUGGUAGAGGAAGAGGUGCAGUCCAGACUGAGGGUAGCAGAUGCCAUGGGCAGCAGGGAGAAGCAGAGAUUCAGCAGUAGAAAUGAGGCCUGUCCUGCCCAUGUGGAGGCUAACCUGGAGGAGCUGGUUAAACUGAGGGCUGACGUCCAACAAGCACUUAGAACCAAGCAGCAGUGA